AUGCUUUGUCACACCACCGCCGCUUUCGCCUACCUACCUGUACAUGGUCACAAGAACUCCACGGCCUCUUUGUCUGCGCGCGACGGCACCUUCUACCUGCGCAUUCUCCCCCUGGGCGCCUCCAUCACAUGGGGCCAAGCCUCGUCAGACGGUAAUGGAUACCGCAAACACCUGCGUGACCAGCUCCGGUUCGAUGGCUGGAACGUCAACAUGGUGGGCAGCCGGGGUGGCGGCACAAUGAAUGAUAGGGAUGUGGAGGGCUGGCCGGGCUACCGCGUCGAGCAGGUCGACGACAGGGCGCGCAUCGUGGUGCCGCUCUACAAGCCCAACGUGGUGCUCAUUAACGCGGGGACCAACGACGCGACGCAGAACUACUACGUGUCGACGACCAAGGACCGUAUGCGGGCCAUGAUCGAGUACAUCUUCACGACGGUGCCCAAUGUGUGCGUCAUGCUGUCAACCCUCAUCCCCAACACGGCAAACCCGGGAAAUGUCGCCGCCAUCAACGACCAGUACCGCGCGCUCGCCUUGGAGCUCCGGGGGCAGGGAAGACGUCUGGUGCUUGUCGAAUUUGGCGACGGCUGGAUGACCACUGACGACCUGGCUGAUACCACUCACCCAAACGACUACGGCUACAAAAAGAUGGCAGCCAAGUGGCACCAGGCGCUGCAGAAGGCCGAGGCGGAGGGUUGGCUCUCGGCGCCGACCGACGACGUGGCCUUCUCGGACGCGGCCGGGGGAGACACGAGGUGCGACAAAGAAUCCGGCAGCGGCAACGCGGACCCGCGGGGGCGGACACAGGUGCUCAAAGCGCUGUCGCCACGCAUCAUCGACGACGGGCCGUACCGGCACAGCUCACAGGCCAUGGGCCGCAUCCACUCGGGGUUCUACGCCGGCAACGACACCGCGUGGUUCGCCCAUCUCGUCGACAACGGCGCCGGCCGCGGCGGAGAGCGGGACGACUGGGUCUUCAGUCAGGGCGAGGGCGCCAUCUACUACCGCGAGAACCUGGGCGGCGGCGUGUUUGGCGAUAAGACGCUCAUCCCUACACUUGGCGGGACGUGUAAGCAGAGAGGCAUCCGUUGGGGGGAUGUGAACAACGAUGGACUAGACGAUUUCAUCUGCAUCGGGCCGGAAGGGAACAUGCAUGUUACGCCCUUCCCUUCCACCUUGUACGUUCACAUCAACGACGGCGGCAAGCCUCCGAAGUUCAGAGACGUUGGCCUCUACAAGUCUGCGCCCGGUGGAUAUGCGCAGACCAACGUCCGCCUCGGAGACAUCGACGGGGACGGGCGACUGGACUACUGCGUCGUGGCUGGUAAUGGAGACAUCUACUGUUGGCGGAACAGCGGCGUAGGGGAGAAGGCGGCAUAUUGGCAAGACUUUGGCGAGGGCAAGCCCGUCUUUACUGGAAAGGGCAUGGGCGACAUUGACGGUGUCCAGCUGGUUGACAUCAACGGAGACUUCCGCGCAGACUGGCUCUGGCUGGAUGGCGCGGGCAGGGUCACCACAUACAUCAACCAGCGCGGCCAGACAAAAGGGUUGAUCCCGUACUGGGACUCGGUCGGCGUUACCCAUGUGGGCAUGGGCGAGGCCGGAGCUCGGUCCCAGAUUCGCUUUGCAAGGCUCUACGACAGCGGCAGACAUGACUAUGUCUACAUCCAGUGCAUGACGAUGGUCGACGGACGCUGUGAUUACGAGGUGAGGGCCUGGAAGAACACCGGCGGCGGCGGAGCACAUCAGAAGGGCGACGGUGUCCGCUGGUGCGACAUGAACGGGUCGGGCAACGACGAUUACGUCUUCAUCGACCACAACAGCAAGAUCACCAUCUUCCAAAACGUCAACACGCCCCCCAACACCGACUACGCCGGCUGGUACGAUCGGGGCGUCGUCCUAGAUCUGGCGGGCGUGCCGCGCAAGGCCAUCCACCUCGGCGACUGGAACGGCGACGGCUUCUGCGACGUCAUCAUCACCGAUAAGGCGACCGGCGCCCUCGAUAUCAUCCACACCUACUACGACAAGGCGUCCGACAGCUACACCUUCGGUCCCCGGACGAGGGUGGUGCAGUCCGGGUGCACCCAGGGGUGGGGAGUCGGCGUGUUUGAUCUGGGGAUGCAGUUUGCUGACAUUGACGGCGACAGACGGGUCGACUACCUGUGUCUGGAGCCCAACGGCCGAGUGACGGGAUGGCUCAACAAGCCGGGCGGACCGCAGUGGAUGAAUCAGAUCAAGUUCAGCGUCGAUAAGGACCGUGCAAACCACCGCUGGGCCGAUGUAAAUGGAGACGGCAGGCCCGACUUCAUGUGGAUUGACAAGUUCAAUGGAGAUACGGAUGUGUGGUACAACAUGGGAGAGAAGCAGAUCUCGGGCAGCUCCUUCUGGUGGGAUCCCAAAGGCAAGCAGUAUCAAGGCUCCUCCUCAGGGCCCAACCUGCAUUUCCCCAACCUCGGUGGCCAAGGGCGAGCCGACAUGACAGAGGUCAACCCCAAGACGGCCCAGGGGUGGACGUGGUUCAACAGCUGUCCUCCCGGUGGCGAUGAUGGUCCCGUCGUCAACCCCAUGCUUCCCGAGCUACCCUCGGGGGGCGGGAAUGGAGAUGGAGAAGGCGACGGCAGCAUUCCGGACGACGAAAAGUGCUCGCCGGACGACAUGACCCACAGCAGCACACGGCCCUCGCGCGAGGGCGAGUACAUGCGCUGGUUCCUGAUGGAGCCCGAGUACGCGGGGACGACGACACGCGAGUACAUCACCAUCGUCAACCUGACCCCGCACCCCUUCGUCCUCGAGUCGACUCACCAAUACCAGUUGGACGGGUGGGAUUGGGACUCGAUCCCACCUGGCAAGUCCAGGCAGAACAUGGCCGAGCACACAGGACCGGUAGGCUCGAACCCGGUCGACACCAACGGCGAGGCCUACUACAAAAUCGGCAACACGGGCAAGAGGUUCCAGGUGCGGGUGACGACGCACAUCCCUGACACGUACCCGGGGCGUAUCGUGUUUGACCUGACCGGCAUGGGCAAGGGCCAGCGCGAGUACAAGGUGCCGGGGCAGGAGACGUCGGUGACGCUGGUCAUCACGGGCAGCAACGACUACGGCUUCAUCACAUCGUUGUCUUUCGGGCCGGGCAACUGGAUGAACGCCCUCAAGGAGGUCAUCAAGGACCGGCCCCUGCGGCACGUGGUGAUGCCGGGGUCGCACGACUCGGGCAUGAGCAAGCUCACGGGGGCCAUCCUGACGGGGGCGAGCUCGUCCAACACACAAACGCAGGGGCUGAGCACGUACGACCAGCUGCGGAUGGGCGCGCGGUGGUUUGACCUGCGCGUGCAGACCGUGCACCAGGUGGCGCCCAAGUGUUGCGAUGACUACGAGUUCUGGACGACACACAUCAGCGACGAGAGGGCCAAAGCACCUAUCGGGCAGUCGGGCGAGCACUUGGACGAGGUGGUGGACAACAUCAACAAAUUCACGAGCGAAAACCCCGGCGAGGUCAUCAUCCUACAAUUCCGUUACCUCAUCGGCAUCCGCAAGGUGCCCAGCCUGGGCCCCAUCUACUGGGGGGCGAAGCAAAAGGACGAGUUCUUCGACAAGCUACGCAGAAUCAACAACCGGUGCGGCAACAUCCCCACCGACAGUAGCCAGGGCUUGCCCGAGAAGAUUCUCGCCGACCGGGGCAUCGGCAGUUUCAUGUCGUCCAACGGGGGCAAGGGGUGCGUGUUCAUCUUCCUCGACACGGCGCACCUGAGCAACAUGGCCGCGGCGGACCGGGUGGCGCGGUCGGACGGCAUUUACGACCAUAGAGAUCUCCCGUGGUCCGACGGCUGGCCCGAGAAAGAGGACACCAAGGCCGUGGCCGAGUUUAACGUGAACAGGUGGGCGGAGGCGCGCAGCAACGUGCUCGUGUCCCAGUGGCUCAGCACGCCCAACGUAUUGACGUCGACGUUUUCCUACAGCCUGCAGGCCAUCGCCGUGCUGCCGACCAACCCGACGCUCUACUGGCGCGGCGUGCCCGAUAUGUCACCCACAGCGUUCCCUAACGUCAUUAUGGUCGACUACAUCGGCCAGCUCCUCAUGAACGACCAGAGAUGGGAGGAGCUGGGCGCCGAGCUGUACACGCUCGCCAUCGGCCUCAACCUGUACAUGCUUAGCGAGAACUGCAACAUCAGCCCCCGGCGGUCCCCGCUGCUGCCCAAGCGACGCGCCAGUGCCUUCACAGCGGCGACGCAGCCCAAUAACCCGCUCGUGUCGUCGUGGAACGGCAUCAUCUUUGCCAACGGCACGACUAUCGACAACCCGCCACCGACCCUGCACGUGGGCAAGCCCGAGAUCUUGAGGAACGGGACCGUCUUCAGCAACGGUACUGUCCUGACUGAGGACAUCCGCAACCCGGAGUACGAGGGGCCUAUCCAUGCGAACCUAACGAGCUAUUGA